GUUCACUCUCUCUCUCUCUCUCUCUCUUGCUGUAAAAGUCAAUUGCCGAGGGAGAGUUCUUUUCCAGAUUUCUCUCUACUCUCUCUCUCUCUGUUGUUUUAUCAGCAGCGGUGAGGUAAUAAUGACGUCAGAUUCGAAGGUUCAUCUGUUUGAGGAGGUUUCGAAGCAUAACAAGACGAAGGAUUGCUGGCUAAUUAUCGACGGAAAGGUUUAUGAUGUAACCCCAUUCAUGGAUGAUCAUCCUGGAGGUGAUGAAGUUUUGCUAUCAGCCACAGGGAAAGACGCAACCAAUGACUUUGAAGAUGUUGGACAUAGUGAUUCCGCUAGAGAAAUGAUGGACAAAUACUACAUUGGAGAGAUAGAUAAGGCAACGGUUCCCCUGAAACGCACUUACGUAGCACCACAACAACCAGCGUACAAUCCCGACAAGACUCCCGAGUUUGUCAUUAAGAUUCUGCAGUUCCUUGUGCCUCUCUUGAUCUUAGGCUUGGCCCUUGCUGUGCGUCACUACACCAAAGAGAAAUGAUUUAAGUCAAACUCCUCAUUAUUUUCGUUUGUUCUUUGAAUUUCUUCAGCUGCGGUGUGGAAUGAACUAUCUUAUGUCACCCUCUUUUUCAGCCAAAAUAACUCCCGGUAGUCGGCUGAAAUAAUUUAGAUGUGUUUUAUGGGGGUAGUUUUUUUUUCUGUAUUUUCAGAGACUUCUUUAUUCAGUGUUUCAGAGUCUUGUCUAGGUACCCUUUAUGGGGUUUGUAUGUUUUACAUGUGUAGUUCAUUCUGUUUCAGAAAAGUGAACUCAUAGCCCUUAUACUGCUGCACAUCCUCAGUCGAUUUC